GUGCAUCCUCCUCCGGCGGCGUAGUGAGCGCCCCACGAAUACCACUGCGAACCGACGCGGGGCGGACAGACCGGCACGGUGUGAAUAACGGGCGAAAGCAGACAUCCCCUUUCCAAGAUGGAGGACGGGAAGCCCGUCUGGGCUCCGCAUCCAACCGAUGGAUUUCAGAUGGGAAACAUCGUGGAUAUCGGUCCAGACAACUUAACGAUCGAAUCGCUCAACCAAAAGGGCAAGACUUUUCUAGCUCUCAUAAACCAAGUGUUUCCUGCGGAAGAAGACAGUGGGAAGGAUGUGGAAGAUAACUGUUCACUGAUGUACUUAAAUGAAGCCACCCUCCUCCACAAUAUCAAAGUGCGAUAUGGUAAAGACCGAAUUUAUACCUAUGUAGCAAACAUCUUGAUUGCUGUGAACCCAUACUUCGACAUUCCUAAAAUAUAUUCUUCAGAAACCAUUAGGAAGUACCAAGGAAAAUCCCUCGGGACACUGCCUCCUCAUGUCUUUGCAAUUGCUGAUAAAGCAUUUCGUGACAUGAAGGUCCUAAAGAUGAGUCAGUCCAUUAUCGUAUCCGGGGAAUCGGGGGCCGGCAAAACAGAGAACACAAAAUUCGUUUUGAGAUACCUGACUGAAUCUUAUGGUACCGGUCAAGAUAUCGAUGACAGAAUUGUCGAAGCCAACCCACUAUUGGAAGCCUUUGGAAAUGCGAAGACUGUCCGUAACAACAAUAGCAGUCGUUUCGGAAAGUUCGUUGAAAUUCAUUUCAACGAAAAGAAUUCCGUCGUUGGGGGAUUUGUAUCCCACUACCUUUUGGAGAAAUCCAGGAUCUGCGUCCAAGGCAAAGAGGAAAGGAACUACCAUAUAUUCUAUAGACUGUGUGCAGGGGCUUCUGAAGAUAUUAGAGAAAAGCUGCGCUUGAGUUCUCCAGAUAAUUUCCGGUAUUUAAAUCGAGGCUGCACGAGAUUCUUUGCCAGCAAAGAAACUGACAAACAGAUUUUACAGAAUCGCAAAAGUCCUGAGCAUCUUAAAUUAGGCUCAAUGAAAGAUCCUCUCUUAGAUGACCAUGGAGAUUUCAAUAGGAUGUGUACCGCUAUGAAAAAGAUUGGCUUGGAUGAUGCAGAAAAACUCGAUCUUUUCCGUGUAGUAGCUGGCGUCCUGCACCUUGGAAAUAUUGAUUUUGAGGAAGCUGGAAGCACAUCAGGCGGCUGUGCUCUGAAGAAUCAAUGCAGUCAGUCGCUGGAAAACUGCGCCGAUCUGCUGGGUUUGGAUCGGGACGAUCUUCGCGUGAGUUUGACGUCCAGAGUCAUGCUGACAACAGCAGGUGGCAUCAAAGGAACAGUCAUCAAAGUGCCUCUCAAAGUGGAACAGGCGAACAGUGCCCGGGAUGCAUUGGCAAAAACUGUUUAUAGCCACCUUUUCGAUCAUGUGGUAAACAGAGUCAACCAGUGCUUUCCCUUUGAGACGUCGUCUUGUUUUAUUGGAGUCCUAGACAUUGCUGGAUUUGAAUACUUUGAACACAACAGCUUUGAACAGUUCUGCAUUAACUAUUGCAAUGAAAAGCUACAGCAGUUCUUCAAUGAAAGGAUUCUGAAAGAGGAGCAAGAACUCUAUCAGAAAGAAGGUCUAGGAGUGAAUGAAGUACAUUAUGUGGAUAAUCAGGACUGUAUAGAUUUAAUUGAAGCCAAACUGGUGGGCAUCCUGGACAUCCUCGAUGAAGAAAAUCGGCUUCCGCAGCCCAGCGACCAGCACUUCACGGCAGCGGUUCACCAGAAACACAAGGACCACUUCCGCCUCACUAUCCCGAGGAAAUCCAAACUGACUAUUCACAGAAACAUCCGAGAUGAUGAAGGUUUUAUUAUCAGACAUUUUGCAGGAGCAGUCUGCUAUGAAACAACCCAGUUUGUGGAGAAAAACAACGACGCUUUGCACAUGUCUCUUGAGUCACUGAUAUGUGAAUCCAAGGAUAAGUUUAUCCGAGAAAUAUUUGAAUCAUCCACUAACAACAUCAAAGACACCAAACAAAAAGCGGGAAAGCUUAGCUUCAUCAGUGUGGGGAACAAGUUCAAGACCCAGUUAAAUCUGCUCCUUGAAAAGCUUCGCAGUACGGGGUCUAGCUUUAUUCGUUGCAUCAAGCCUAAUUUAAAGAUGACAAGUCACCAUUUUGAAGGGGGACAGAUUCUUUCUCAACUUCAGUGUUCAGGUAUGGUGUCCGUUCUGGAUCUGAUGCAAGGUGGUUUUCCUUCCAGAGCCGCGUUUCAUGAACUCUACAAUAUGUAUAAAAAAUAUCUGCCGGAAAAACUCGCGCGAUUGGAUCCAAGACUCUUUUGCAAGGCUCUUUUUAAAGCUCUGGGCUUAAAUGAAAAUGACUACAAAUUUGGAUUAACCAAAGUAUUUUUCAGACCAGGCAAGUUUGCAGAAUUUGACCAGAUCAUGAAGUCUGAUCCCGAUCAUUUAGCGAAACUGGUUAAAAGGGUCAAUCACUGGCUCAUCUGCAGUCGCUGGAAAAAAGUUCAGUGGUGUUCUCUCUCUGUGAUAAAGUUGAAAAAUAAAAUAAAAUACCGAGCCGACGCGUGCAUUAAAGUGCAAAAAACUGUUCGAAUGUGGCUGUGCAAAAGAAAACACCGACCACGAAUCGAUGGGUUGGUUAAAGUGCGUACUCUGAAAAACCACCUCUACAAACUUAAUGAAGUUGUAAGCGCUCUGAAGGAUGGAAAACCCGAGAUGAGCCAACAGGUCAAGGAUCUGGAGAUUUCUAUUGAUACUUUGUUGGCCAAGAUUAAGGCUACAGUAAUGACUAGGGAACAGAUACAGAAUGAGUACGAUGCACUAGUUAAAAGCUCAGAACAGCUCCUUAGUUCUCUGCAGAAAAAAAAACAGCAGGAAGAAGAAGCAGAAAGACUUCGGCGGAUCCAGGAGGAAAUGGAAAAGGAAAGAAAAAGGCGAGAAGAAGACGAGCGGCGCCGAAGAAAGGAAGAGGAGGAGAGAAGGCAGAAGUCUGAGAUAGAGGCCAAGAGAAAACAGGAAGAAGAGGAGAGAAAGAAAAGGGAAGAUGAUGAAAAACGAAUGCAGGCCGAAGUGGAGGAACAACUUGCUAAAGAGCGGGAAGAGGAGAACCAGCAGCAGGCUGUUAGAGAACAGGAGCGCCGGGACUGUGAGCUGGCCAUGAGAAUCGCCCAAAGCGAGGCCGAGCUCAUCAGAGAAGAAGCUCAGCUGGAUGCAGGACUCCGCAGAUCGGAUUCGGAGCCAGUAACUACUACACUUGGUGGAUCAAGGCCUAAAAUUACAGUGGAACAGUUGGCCCAAGAAAUGUCAGAAAUUUUGGCUAGAGGUCCCACAGUCCAAGCUACUAUAGCAGCUGCUGGAACCAAAAAAUACGACCUCAGUAAGUGGAAAUACGCAGAGCUUCGUGAUACCAUCAAUACUUCCUGCGACAUUGAGCUCCUGGCCGCUUGCAGAGAAGAGUUCCAUCGCCGACUAAAGGUCUACCAUGCCUGGAAAUCCAAGAACAAGAAACGCAACACCGAAACAGAGCAGCGUGUUCCCAAAUCUGUCACAGACUAUGAUUUUGCACCAUUUCUGAACAACCAGUCGGCUCGCCAGAGCUCAGCUCACCACCCUGCCAGACAACAAGAGAUCGAAGUGAACCGACAGCAGCGCUACUUCCGGAUCCCGUUCAUCCGCCCCGCCGACCAGUACAAGGACCCCCAGAACAAGAAGAAAGGCUGGUGGUACGCACAUUUCGAUGGUCCGUGGAUCGCCCGGCAGAUGGAACUCCAUCCCGACAAGCAGCCUAUCCUCCUCGUAGCCGGUAAAGAUGACAUGGAAAUGUGUGAGCUAAAUCUGGAAGAGACUGGUCUCACCAGAAAGCGUGGAGCGGAGAUUUUGCCCCGGCAGUUCGAAGAGAUUUGGGAGCGUUGCGGAGGAAUCCAGUACCUUCAGAACGCAAUAGAGAGCAAACAGGCUAGACCUACUUAUGCGACUGCCAUGCUGCAGAACCUCUUAAAGUAAAUCCUGCACUCUCACUGUAGAUCUAGGACUCCCUUAGAUCUAGAAAUCCCUUUCCAGGGUAGAAGGGGAAGACUUGUCCCAGGCCCGAGAGGAUUGAUACAUUCAGUCUUCAAGCUAGAGAUAUUUAAUAUAAAGAAAACAGAUUUUAUUAGUCAUCGCAGGGGGGUGGGAGGGGGCGUUAAUUUGUACCUUCUGAUGGUUUCUUUAUACGUGCACUCUGAAUCUUGGACUGGGGUAAGCUUCUGUCUAGAAAGGAUCACAUUCCAUCUCAUAAGGAUGCUGCCUUUUUUUAGUUGCCCUGUAGAAUUGUAGCACUCAUUCUUUGCCAGGUUCUGGACCUUUUUCAUCCUUCGAUCAAUCAGUGGUGUUUUUUGAGUGCUUAUAGUGGGCAGAGCACUGUACUAAUCUUGGCACUGUAGUUCUUAAGUUACACUUAAGAACCUCUAUCUACCUAGCAUUUGAAGCACUUAUCUUUACACGAAUGUGGUCUCGGCUUUCAUUUCUUUCCCGAAAAAUCCACACAUCUUCUCUUCAGACACCAGGCAGGGAUAUCUCGGUCCUUAUGCUGUUUUUAGAAAAUGACCCCAAAGGUAGAAACUUGGAUCACCUCUCUCUGCUUUUGGGUUUGAAGAAAUUUCAGGGCAUUUUGAGGCCACGAAUGAACCAGUGGGUUAAAGGAAGGACUCAAAUUAAGGUCUGGCCCACAGAGUUCUCGGUUCUAUCUUCCUCUGGCUAGAUAUUCCAUGAAGGAUCCUGGUUUUAUUUUUCCUCAAGCAACAGAUUUACUUGAAUACUAUGUUGUUGGGUGUUUUUUUUUCAAAACAAAAACGUUCAUAAUUAAUUUUAGUUCAUGUAGGAUUAAGGAGAAGAAAAGGAAAUUUGUUUUAGGGAGCCCUGUGGAUUCGAAAUGUUUGAUACCGAAUUUUACUUAUUCCUUCCUUUCACCAUUGAUGCGGGUGAUAAAAUGAUUUCCACAUCUAGAUCCUAUCUGAGAUAUUUACUCCAAUUCCCUAACUAUAAUGUUUUAAUUUAAAUGGUGUAAUUUGAUUAGCAUUCCAUAAAAUAAACUGUUUCAUCAAGUACUAUGGUCUUUUUGGCCUAAUACUUCUCCUUUGAGGCGUUUGGUAACUAACUUUUUUUUUUAGACUUUGAAUUAAAGUCCUGUUAGCACAAAAAUUAUUCACGUCACCUAAGACAAAUGACCUUUUUUUACAUUUUCAGAGUGUGCUCUUCAUGUUGAUCAUCAAAAGUUUAAAACUUGGUAUUUAUGAUUUCAGUGCUAGGAUUUUGCAAAGCAAAAAGACGUAGUCCUGAGUUGUGAUGUAAUGAAUUUUCAAACGUCUUUGGCUGUAGUGCAGAAUCAAGUCUUUUACAACUAAAAUAAUACUUCUGAUCCUAUGAAAACUUUAGCUCUCUCCUAAUGAAUUUUAGAGAGGAUUCUACAUUUAGUAAAAUAUUUAUCAACUGAUUAGGUUUCGGGCUCUCUGCUGUCUUAGAAUUACUCAUCUUGUGACACUAGCGGAGAGAGAUUUAUUUAUGAUUACACUACAUUCAUAAUUGUCCUGUGUUGAACAGGAAAUGAUCAUUUCUGAACUAUUGGUGGUCAUUAAAUGAUUUUCUUUUAAGCAUGUCUGGCUGCAUAGAUUGAACUCAUUCUGAAAGCAUUUGGCUCCUUGAGUUCAGAAAUUCCCCUCUUUUUCUUAUCACACUUUCCUUUAAAACCACAUCCACUCUCCUUAAUGGCGUGUAAAUGGGUAUAGAGCUACAUGGAAUGGGAAGAGUCAUGGAAGAAUGCGACGACCCUAAGAAUUGAUUUUAAAUGAUCAGUACAAUAGACUUAGACGAGCUCUUUUAGCAUUAUGUUUGUGGAAUUUGUUCGUGGUGUUCUGCUUAGAUAUUACUCUGGAAAUCAGAGGGUCCAAUCUCUUCAAAAACUUUAAUGAUUUUGAUUCCCAGAGGGGCAUUGUAGCAGACUGUCUCCAUUAUUAUAUCAUUUGCCGUGCUUUUGGUUUAAAUAUCAACAAUCUAAAGUCUUAGUCGUAUUAUUUACAGUUUUAUGAAGCAGCAACCCUAGAAUUUAUCUGCUUGAAUAGCGGCUCUUGAAUGCAUUUUUGCCACCAGGAGAACUGAUCUGAUUCCCGUUGAUAUAGGAGCAGCAAAACAGUGCUCUGCAAAGUGCCUUUUGUAGCUAGGUGCUGAGUCUCUUACAAAGCCACUUCCAUCCAAAGUCAAGGGGAAGAAGCACCUCUAGAAGGAUUUAUCCCCAUGUUUUAUUAAUUGUUUUCACUGAGACCGUCUCUGUGAAAGGUGUCUUUUUGAACUGUCUGUCUUUCAAGGGUUUUGCCUGGCUGAAUCCAGUCCCUGCUUUGCUCUCCUCUCCUCACACUCACAUCAGUUUGGAAGCGGGUUGUCAGCAAUAAGCUGCAUUUAAAAGGGAAAGGGCAACAUAUUUCAAAGUUAUCCUGUCUGCUUUCUCUAUACUGUAGUUGAUUUUUCUUCUGAUGAAUAUACAGUUCCUGUUAUUUUGACUUCUAAAGGGCUGGUGGAAAGACAACAUUCUUCCUUUCAGAGUAUUCUUUCCAGUAAUUGUCUAAAAAACCGAAUAAUUUCAAGGAACCAAGGAACGGAGCUUUUUUAAAGUCUAGAAUUUGCACAUCUAGGAGUACUGAAGCUGCACGAAGGAAGAGUGUAACGAUAAUUUACUUUGUUCUAUAGAGCUUCUUGAAUGACUAGAUUACAAAGUCUCAUCCCUGUUGAGGGCCCUUCGGUGGCACGCUUUCUUGCCUUCCGCUCAUGUGCCGGCAGGUUCUUCCAAAAAGGGAAGGAAUAUUUGCGUUAUAUCUGGAAUCUCAGUGCUGAAAUAACUACAGUUUUUCUCCAACACUAAUCUCUUUUCUGGUCCCUUGAAGAGCUCAGUGCUUUAGGAUUCCUAGGAGUAGGGGCUCCCACGUCAGUUAUCUAUUUUAUUUUUUUUGGACGGCAGCGAGAGAAUCCAUAGUGGGUCCAAGUGGGAGGAAUGCUGUGAUGAGUGGAGCAGACGUUGUUUAGUUAGAGGGUUUGCGUACACCGUGUAUAAUUCCCACACAGGCAUUAUCUUUCAGAAGCAUUUUCCCUCCUCUGAAUUAGAAGUUCUUUUGGGUGUCUGGAUGUUGUUUUUUUAUUAAGAUCUCAAGUCCAAUAAUAUGAGGAAUUUACACCGAUAUUGGUGGAUUGAAACCUGCUGUUCUGGCUCAAGAAUGUGAAUCUAUGCAGAAAUCUUCAAAGAAUGAUAACGGGUCAUUUAUUAAUUUGCCUUUUUUCGUGGGUGAAAAUCUCUUUAUAGAGCUGCUAAUUGUAUUCUCAUUUCUUCAAAGUGUGUAUCCAGAUUUUUUCCCCCAAAUUAUUUUACUGAUGUACUGAAAGCUGCAAAUAAUAAAUUCAUUCCAUGGUGAC